GGCAGUCAACUCAGUGCAAUCGAACUUGAGAGCAUCAAUUGGAAUUAAAAACAAAAAAAAAAUCAAUGAAUAAUAACCAAUUUUGACUUGGGCUUCGAGAGACAAGUUAAAUAAUAACAGAAGGACAUCGUUUUUGUUUUUAUCCACUUCACUGUACUUUUGAAGGAGUCUUCUGUUUUUUUCAGCUUUGACUUGAGAAAAAGAGAUGAUGCUGCGUGGCAUCUUUCUGUUGUUGAUGCUGUGCAUCUGCGAGGGUGCAAUCCUGGCAGAGAGCCGUGACGACAACAGCGUUUACGACUUGUUCGAUCUGGUGCGGGGAGACAAUAGGCUCAAUGGAGUGACUUUGGUCAAAGGGGCUGAUCCGUACAGCCCGGCGUACAAAAUUCUGAAUGCGGAGCUGAUCCCCCCAGUCCCUGAUAGUUCAUUCGGGGACCUUAUCGACUCCAUCCAGUUGGAGAGGGGCUUCAUGCUCCUGGUCAACCUGAAGCAGUCCAAGAGGAACAGAGGAAGCCUCCUGACCAUUGAGAAGAAAGACGGCUCGGGACCCGUGUUGGAGAUCAUCUCCAACGGCAAGGCCAACACUCUGGACGUUUUCUACUCCACCGGCAACCAUCAGCAGCUGGUGUCCAUCGAGGAGGCCCACUUAGCGACGGGACACUGGAGGAAGAUCACACUCUUCUUCCAGGAUGACCGCGUGAAACUCUUGGUGGGCUGCGAUGAAAUCAACGUGUCCGAGAUGGACGAGCCCAUCCAGAAAGUCUUGUCUCAGGAGCUGGCGGACAUCGCUAGGCUCAGGAUUGCGAAGGGAGCAACUCGGGAUAAAUUUAUGGGGGUGCUUCAGAAUGUGAGAUUUGUCUUUGGGACAACCCUGGAGACAAUUCUGAGAAACAAGGGAUGUGAAAAUGGAGCUGCCUUGACUGACGUCCGGACUCUGCAAAACGCAAUGAACGGCUCCAGCCCCGCCAUUAGGACCGACUACACUGGCCACAAAACCAAAGAUCUGCAAUCAUUCUGCGGCCUCUCGUGCGAGGACAUCGCGGGUCUGUUCAAGGAGGUGCGAGGACUCGGCAUGGUGGUGAAGCAAGUGACCGAGGAGCUGCGUCAAGUGUCUGAGGUAAGCGCCAAGAUUCAAGAUCAAAUCAAGAACCACAGCAGCGUUUGCAUCCACAAUGGGAUCGUGCACAAGGACCGAGACGAGUGGACCGUGGAUGACUGCACCGAGUGUACCUGCCAGAACUCUGCCACUGUGUGUCGAAAAAUCUCCUGCCCUCUGAUUCCCUGCGCCAAUGGCACCGUGCCAGAGGGAGAGUGCUGCCCGCGAUGUGGAAAUCCAAAUGACUCUUCUGAGGACGACUGGUCCCCCUGGUCUCAGUGGACUCGCUGCUCGGUGACUUGCGGUCGUGGCAUCCAGCAGCGUGGACGCUCUUGCGAUCGCAUCAACAGCAACUGUGAGGGCACGUCCGUCCAAACCCGUGACUGCUUCCCUCAAGAAUGUGACAAACGCUUCAAACAAGACGGAGGUUGGAGCCAUUGGUCUCCCUGGUCUUCAUGCUCUGUGACCUGCGGGGAGGGAGUCGUCACUCGCAUACGCCUCUGCAACUCUCCAACACCCCAGAUGGGCGGCAAGGACUGCCAGGGAGAGGGACGCCAAACUGAAAUCUGCCAGAAGAAACCUUGUCCCAUCGAUGGAGGUUGGGGACCUUGGUCACCGUGGGACACGUGCACCGUUACAUGUAACGGAGGCAUCCAGAAUCGCAAACGACUCUGUUCUGAGCCUGUUCCCAAAUACGGUGGAAAGGACUGCGUCGGCGACGCCACCAUGUCUCAAGUGUGCAACAAACAGGAUUGUCCCAUUGACGGUUGCCUCUCCAACCCAUGCUUCCCCGGCUCAAAGUGUAUCAGCUUCCCCGAUGGCUCGUUCAAGUGCGGCAAGUGCCCGCUCGGCUACAAAGGAGACGGCAUCACCUGCAAAGACGUUGAUGAGUGCAAGGAGGUCCCCGAUGCUUGCUAUACGCACAAUGGAGUCCAUCGCUGUGAGAACACAGAGCCCGGUUACAACUGCCAGCCGUGCCCUGCUCGUUACUCCGGUCCUCAGCCCUUCGGAAGGGGUGUGGAGCAGGCCACUGCCAAAAAACAGGUUUGCAAACCACGGAACCCCUGCCAGGACGGUAGCCACAACUGCAACAAAAACGCCAACUGCAUUUACUUGGGCGUCUUCUCCGAGUCCAUGUUCCGAUGCGAAUGCAGGCCGGGGUAUGCUGGUAAUGGCUAUAUUUGCGGAGAGGAUACUGACCUGGAUGGUUGGCCCAACUCUGACUUGCUAUGUGUGGCCAACGCGACCUACCACUGCAAGAAGGAUAACUGCCCCAACCUUCCCAAUUCUGGUCAGGAAGAUCAUGACAAGGAUGGCCGCGGUGAUGAAUGCGACCACGACGAUGACAAUGAUGGUAUCCCUGAUGACAGGGACAACUGCCCGAGAGUGUACAACCCCUCCCAGUAUGACGCAGACAGGGACGAUGUUGGUGACAGUUGCGACAACUGUAUUUUUGAGCCAAACACUGACCAGACCGACACUGACAAUAACGGGGAGGGAGAUGCCUGCGCCGUUGAUAUUGACGGUGAUGGCGUUUUGAAUGAGAAUGACAACUGCCCAUAUGUUUACAACGUGGACCAGAGAGAUACAGACCGAGAUGGCGUGGGAGACCAUUGCGACAACUGCCCUCUCGAGCAUAACCCCGAUCAGACUGACUCAGAUUCGGAUCUCGUGGGAGACAAGUGUGACAACAACCAGGACAUUGACGAGGAUGGCCAUCAAAACAAUUUAGACAACUGCCCUUACAUAGCAAACGCCAACCAAGCAGACCACGACAAGGACGGCAAGGGCGAUGCCUGCGACCACGAUGAUGACAAUGACGGUAUUCCAGAUGACAAGGACAAUUGCAGGCUGGCCUUUAACCCCGAUCAGCUGGACUCCGAUGGUGACGGCCGAGGUGAUGUUUGCAAAGAUGAUUUCGACCAAGACAACGUCCUGGAUAUUUAUGACGUUUGCCCAGAGAACUUUGCCAUCAGCGAAACGGACUUCCGCCGUUUCCAGAUGGUCCCCCUUGAUCCUAAAGGAACUUCCCAGAUUGAUCCCAACUGGGUGGUCAGACAUCAGGGCAAGGAGUUGGUACAGACCGUCAACUGCGACCCAGGCAUUGCCGUUGGUUUUGACGAGUUCAGCGCCGUCGACUUCAGCGGAACGUUCUUCGUCAACACAGACCGAGAUGACGACUACGCCGGUUUUGUGUUUGGCUACCAGUCAAGUUCUCGAUUCUACACAGUCAUGUGGAAGCAGAUCACCCAGACCUACUGGUCUCACACCCCCACGAGGGCGCAAGGCUACUCGGGUCUGUCCAUCAAAGUGGUGAACUCCACCACCGGCCCGGGUGAGCACCUGAGGAACGCACUGUGGCAUACUGGAGACACACCGGGACAGGUUCGUACUCUCUGGCACGACCCAAAGAACAUCGGCUGGAAGGACUUCACCGCCUACAGAUGGCACCUGGUCCAUAGACCAAAGAGUGGACUUAUUAGAGUUGUGAUGUAUGAGGGCAAGAGAAUCAUGGCUGACUCUGGAAACAUCUUUGACAAAACCUACGCCGGGGGGCGACUAGGGUUGUACGUCUUCUCUCAGGAGAUGGUUUACUUCUCCGACCUUAAAUAUGAAUGUCGAGAUGCAUAAUGCGAUGAAGACACAUCCUGGCAGAAGGACGUCUCCCAAUUUGAUGAUACAAAACGGGCAAUGCACGUUGGAGGAAUGAUGAGCAAGAGUGGUAGCGUGAGGUAACGUGACCUCAGAACUUGAAUGCUGAAUGAAAGUUCAAUGAUAUAUCUGCACCAAAUUCAUAUUGCGAGCGCAGCUAUGCUCAGAAGACUUUGCCCCCCCCCCCACCCCUUCCCCUGCUUUUGCAUCCAAAGGAGGCAGGGUGUGGGGGGGGGGCACAUUUAUUGCUUUGCACACCUGAACUUUGCUGGUAUCCCUCUGCGGAGGAAGGAUCAAAGAGAAAUUCCUUCUUUUCAUUUUCUUUUCAUCCUCGAGCAUUAAUGUACAUCUGCUGUGGACUCUAAGAUACUCAUUUUGAAGAAAGCAGUAGGAGAACUUUCUUUGGCUGGGGGAAUAUUCCCUCUCGAAGGAGCCAUUGAGGGACCAUGGACAGUUUGGAAUGACUGUGAUGAGAGAAGAUUGUGAGUGUGGUUUGAGUGAAUGUGCACGUGUAGCUCCCAAAAAGUCUUACAAAAAGGGCUAUUUUUUUUUUUUGGUGGUGUUUUUUUGCCAUUCCAUUCACCCUCCCAUCCAAACCUAAUUAUUAAAGGUCUUUCAACAACAUAGGGAUGGCCAAACAGGAGAACUUCUCAGGUUAAGAGCACAAAAAGGAGAGCACAGGGCCCAAAGCAGGUAUACUCUUGCAAUGCUUUGGAACGAUGAUUUUUGGCAAGUAAUAUGUAGUGUAUCGAUGAUCUUUUCCGAUGCGAUCAAGGGAUUAAAUCGAAGGGGAGGGCAUAAUUAUUAAUUGAUUAUUUAGAAUUGUGUGGGAAUUAAUUGCAGCUUGAAGUAACUGAGUCAACACGGAGCGCGCUGAUGCAGCCAACAGCGGUGCUGUUCAGUUCCAACUACUUAGCUGUCUGAAAGGGGUGAAAUGUGACAUCAGCUACGGGAAGCGGAGCUCCAUCCGCGCUAUGACAACGCCUCCUGGCAGCACAAUUCCACUCAGUAUUGUAACACAAGCUCAGAAUUUCCCCUUUCAAAAUAUUGAUCUGUCUACACUCCAUUCAAUGACUUUGUUGAAAAUUAAUUUUUUUUUAACUACAAUCUUACCCUUCCAGUGAAUCAGCAUUCGACCCCAGACCAUGUAUGCGUUGCCACUUCAUGCAUUAACUUGUGUGCCAGAGCUUGUGUGUAUAUUUCUGACAAAGGAAAAACAAAAGGAUAUCAUUUAAGUACAAUGAUUACCUCAUGAAUGGUUUUUGUAUUGAGGCCAGCGAUGGACAAACAAAUCACUUUUCGGAGACCAAAUUGAUUGGCUUCAGGUUACUUUUUUUUUUUUGCAAGACUGUACUAUCAGUCAUGUGCUGUAUAUAAGAUAUUUUUCUAGGGGAGGAAAAAAAAGAAGCCCAAACAGGAAAAAAACAAGGAAAUGUUGUCUUGACUGUGUUGUGCUGUGUGUAUUUUCCAGUGCCUUUGUUUUGAUAAAUUAUUAUGUUGAAGUUAUGUCAUUUGUGUAGAUAUAUGCUAUUUAAAUAAUUUAUCUCGAAGCGUAGCCUCGUGGGAACGCUUUUGUCUGUAUAAACUCAUUUGCACACUGAUGUGAGGAUGUCUUUUUUUUAAUUCUGAUGACGCUUUUCCAUAAACAUUUGUACCAUAGUUUUUACAAAAAAAAAAGAAAAAAAAGUGCUGUUUAUACUUGUACUUGUUAUUUUGUUAUAUGUCAAGAGGAAAAUAAACGCUUCCAGAAAGAA